AUGGGGCAUUUGAGUAGGAAUUGUCGGAGUAAUCCAAUGGGUGCACGGGCAGGACCAGCAGGACCAGCGGCACCAGCAGCACAAACAGCACCAGUAGCACGGGGAGCGCAGGCAGCACCAGCUACAGCAUACGCACCAGGAGCUUGCUUCACUUGUGGCCAGUUUGGCCAUAUCUCUCGGUUUUGCCCGACUAAAGGGCAUGGGGCCAAGCGUCAAGCCAUCACUCCGCGUGUUUAUGCUCUAGGAGAGGCCAAUGGAGCUGAGCUGAUAGCCGGAUCGGUUUCUUUUGGAGGUGAGGUAGCUCACACUCUAUUCGACACGGGAGCUUCUCACAGCUUCGUGAGUUCGCGUUUGGCUAAGUCUUGGCCUUUUCGAGGUGUCUUUGAGCCGAAGGUAAGCAGAUUCAGACAGCCGGUACUGAGAGAUUGGGGACCACUGGUGUUCAUCGAGAUGUACAAGUCCUACUGGGAGGAGUCGAUUUCAUAG